GCCCGGGCUGUUCAAUGACAAAUCGGCGGAGGACGGCUGGGGUCCGGCAGGGGGCGGGGUGCGUUUGAGAGCGGCGGCCGAGUGCGGACGGCUGCGGCGCGGGACCCAGCUCUUCAACUGGGUCUUCUGUCCGUGUGUUGCAAGCUCGGAAAAUCAGCAGGAUGGCUGCAAACAAGAGUAAGGGCCAGAGCUCCCUGGCCCUCCACAAAGUGAUCAUGGUUGGCAGUGGAGGGGUUGGCAAGUCGGCCCUGACUCUUCAGUUCAUGUAUGACGAGUUUGUAGAAGACUAUGAACCUACCAAAGCUGACAGUUAUAGAAAGAAAGUAGUUCUUGAUGGAGAAGAAGUCCAGAUAGAUAUUCUAGACACUGCUGGACAGGAGGACUAUGCAGCGAUUCGAGACAACUACUUUCGGAGUGGGGAAGGCUUUCUGCUAGUGUUCUCAAUCACAGAACAUGAGUCCUUCACAGCAACUGCCGAAUUCAGGGAGCAGAUCCUCCGUGUCAAGUCUGAGGAAGAUAAAAUCCCACUGCUCGUUGUGGGAAACAAGUCUGACUUAGAGGAGCGGAGGCAGGUGCCCAUCGAGGAGGCCAGGAGUAAAGCCGAAGAGUGGGGCGUGCAGUACGUGGAGACGUCGGCUAAGACGCGUGCCAACGUGGACAAGGUGUUCUUUGACCUAAUGAGAGAAAUCAGAGCAAAGAAGAUGUCAGAAAACAAAGACAAGAAUGGCAAGAAAAGCAGCAAGAACAAGAAAAGUUUUAGAGAAAGAUGUUGCUUACUGUGAAUGCCAAGACGGUGGAUGAAGUCAGUUGCCACUUAGGACACAGGGGCUGGGUUGGUAAAGAGAAGACUACAGUUGACUCCUUGGCUGUGCUUCCUGCUCUCCCCAGCCUUGUUCCUGCAUACUUCUUUAAAUGGGGAAAAUAUCUGCGACUCGGUGGCUGGUAGAAGAAAUAAGCCCUUGUCCAUGCACGGAAUGGCUGCUCUGUCAGGAGGGUUCGGAGUUUCUUCCCUCCGUCCCAAAAGCUUAACUGUAUAUGUAGUGCUACAGGUAGGAAGCAGUCGAAUGUUAAUUACAUAGAAAAAGUAAUGUCAUAGCAUCUUAUUUUGUUCCUAGUUUUAUAACAUUCCCAGAUCUUUUGUUUUGAAAUAAAAAUGUUUUAUUUUAUUAGGUUUUGGAAGAGGAGAGUGGAGUAAGGCCUCCCCUCCCCAGCGUUAUCAGUGUAGCAGUGGUAAUGGGAAACAUCCAUUAAGCUCUAAUGAUACUGAAAAAUCCACAGAUUUUUUGGAUAAAUUUCUUGGCAAUACCCUGUGGAUCUGGAGCAUAGCUAAAAAAAUGAAUUUGAAUUGUGCCAAAUAGGUCACUAUCAAGCUUAUGAAUCCUCCUUACAUAUGAAAAAUGCAAGUUGAGUUGUUUUCUUCAUAUUUAAGUGUUGGCCAAUUAUAGCCCAUGUUGGCUGUUUUUCUCCUGUAGCAUCCCAAUUUUUGUGUAGGAACUUUUUUUGUUAGACUAAGUGAAUACUCAAGAGUAGUACACUUUAUAAAUGACCCACUUUUCUAAUCAGAUUUUUUUUUAAGUUCUUUGGCUACGUCCUCUCCUACUUGCCAGUCCUGGGUUAGGCCCCUCCUUCUCCACUAGUGACUGAUGCAUCUGUCUUCCUGAUCAUUGUCACUCUGCAUGCAGAGGUUGAGUGAGCCUCUUUUGUUUCUUGAAGUAUCACACAAAUUCUCCUGAAAGAUGGGAUGAGUUAAAAUUGUCUUCUGAACUCAUGAAGCCAGAGCCUAUGCCAGACCUUCUGCUACCUCUCAUAGAACUGCUCUGCGAUCCUCCUCUAAAAUUAGAAGAAGUGGGGGAAGAUAAGAUAAGCCAUUGCCCCUUUACUUCUGAGAAUUGGCUGCUGUUUCUAAUAUCAGUCUUUUCUAAGAUAGCCAUAUUGUUAGUUAGAAAAAGAUUUUCAUUGACGAGAUAUUGUUAAUCUUUCUUACUGUAUCAGUAUUCUAAAUUCAGCAAUCAGAAACAUUUUCAUCAGAAAGGAGCACUGUGAUAAAAGCCCAGGAUUCAGCACACUUUCCGCCCUUUGUCAGAAGUGACAUUUCUUGUGUAGGUGCCAAAGGUGAAUUGGGAUGGGGAGAGCAGAACCUUUGGAAUUUAUGGUUAUUACAGAGAUUAUGGAAAUUAUGAUCCGACUAUAAAGCAAUCUUGUAUUUCCUCCCAAAGAAUCAUGGGCUUUUUUUUGA